CCCGGACCCGCAGUAAUGACAUCACGGUCACGGUGGGAGGGCCCGACAGUCAGGGCGGCGAUUGGUGAGGUCGAGCGGAAUGACAGUCAUAACGGAGGGGGCGGGGCCAGGCGGAAUAACAGUAAUGGCCGGGGAGGGCCGGGCGGAGGGAAAAUGGAGCUGCGCGCGGUGCGGGCCGCGGUACGUGUCUAUGCGGUGGGCGUGGCCGUGGUGGUGACACAGCUGCUGCGGCGGGUCCUCGGCGGUUUCCGGCAGCCCGCGCUCCUACCCCAGCCGGAUCGCGUGGCCAUCGUGACAGGCGGAACCGACGGUAUUGGUCUGAGUACUGCGAGGCAGCUGGCGGCUCUGCGCAUGCGCGUCGUCAUAGCUGGAAUUAACGUAGAGAAGGCGCCGGAAGUCGUGCGUAAAAUCCGAGAGGAGACAGGGAACAAUGACGUGCACUUCCUGUUUUUGGAUCUGGCCUCCCUGGCGUCAGUGAGGAAGUUUGCGAGGGACUUCGCAGCCCUGGGACUCCCGCUGCACGUGCUGGUGAACAAUGCAGGUGUGAUGCUGGAGCCGCGCGGGGAGACCGUGGACGGGUUCGAGCGGCACCUGGGCGUGAACUUCCUGGGCCACUUCCUGCUCACGCACCUGCUGCUGCCCCUACUGCGUGCUUCGGGAGAGCCCGGGCAGGCAACGCGCAUCGUCACCGUUGCCUCAGCCACACACUACGUAGGAGAGCUGGAACUGGAUGACCUUCAAGGACGCUCCUCCUACUCCGCCCACGCGGCCUACGCGCAGAGCAAGCUGGCGCUGGUGCUGUUCUCCCGGCGACUGCAGCGGCUGCUGACGUCACUCGGCGAUCCCGUGACCUCGAACGCAGCCGACCCGGGCGUGGUGAACACAGCACUGUACCGCCAUACCUGCCUGGGCAUGCGCGCCGCACGGAAGGCACUGGGAUGGCUGCUGCUCAAGAGCCCAGAAGAGGGCGCCUGGACUUCCGUGUUUGCUGCUGUCGCUCCAGAGCUGGAGGGGGUCGGGGGUCGCUACCUGCGCGACGGGGGCAUUGAGGCUGAACCGCUUGGGGUCACGGGCAACCUGGGACUGCAGCGACGCCUGUGGGCGGAGGGCUGCCGGUUGACGGGCAUAACCUGGGGGGACCCCGAGCUGUGACAUCACAGAGCCAGCCUCACCACAGUCAUCACAAUUAAAUGGUUCCCCACCUGGUGCAA